AUGACUGAUUGGGGACCUGUUGUGGUGGCAGUGGUGAUGUUCAUUGUGUUAUCGCCGGGGUUGCUGUUUCAGUUACCAGCAAGGAACAGGGUGAUGGAAUUUGGGAACAUGUACACCAGUGGGAUUUCCAUCUUGGUUCAUGCUGUCCUUUACUUUUGUAUUUAUACCAUCUUGAUUGUUGCCAUCGGAAUUCACAUACGUACUCAAUGAUCCGGUCAAUCACAACUAGAUAUUACAUCUAUUUCUGGUUCUUCCUUCCAACUGUGUUCAUUUUUGUUUUUUGUUUUGUCUCAACUUGUUGGUGACUAAAGUUUCGCUCCCAAUAGGCUUGUUAGUUGUUACUGUAAAACGGGGUAUUAUGGAUGCCAAACAAAAUCAUCCGCCAUGCUCUUGUUUACCUAAAUUUGUUGUUAAAGAGUUUAAUCAUAUUAUGAAAUUUGCAGACCAUCAUACUUA